AUGGGAUCCGUGAGGAGAACGAAGACGAAGCGCAGGACUAGAGACUAUGACCAGGUCUGCGCGGAUGUCAAAAGCGCAAAGCACCUUUCGCAAUACAAGGCGACACAGGAUCCCGAAGACCUCCCCGGCCUAGGGAGGCAUUACUGCGUCGAAUGCGCCAAAUGGUUUGAGAGCGAUUACAACAUGGUGGCGCAUAGGAAAGGCAAAAAUCACAAAAGAAGAGUCCGUCUGCUACGCGAAGAACCGCAUUCCCAGAAGAUUGCCGAAGCUGCUGUGGGCUUGACCACCGAUAAUGGUGAGCGCCCGCAGGAGGGAGAUGAUAUGGCCAUGGAUAACUAG